AUGUACAGACAAAGUGGAAUUAUCGUCAGUUUUACGGUGCUAGCUUUUGACUACUAUAGCUUUGCUGAGAACAAGAAGGAAGCAAUUAUCUUAAAGCGAAAGUCGUUGAAUAUUCUACGAAUUUAUGAUGAUAACAACAGUGAAAUAUUGAAUCAAAAAACAGAGCAAAAAAGAAAUAAGAGAACUGUACUAUUUAAUGAUGCAAGAUGGCCACAGCAAAAAUAUCUUAGUGGAGGUAUUGUUGCUGAUCAUAGGGUGAAGGAAGUCUGUGAGAAGGGCUAUACUGGUGAUGGUGUUACUGUCGCUGUGGUUGAUGGAGGACUAAGGUAUACGCACAUGGAGUUUGCAGGACGAUAUGAUCCCUCAUUAAGUCGUGACUAUGUAAACAACAAUCUCGAACCAAACAAAACAGAUGAACAUGGUACAAACUGUGCUGAUGUUAUCGCUGGAGCUGCCAACAAUGGUAUCUGUGGUGUUGGUAUCGCUUACAAAGCCAAGAUUGCCGGAAUUCAGUUAACAUCGUCUGGUAUUCCUGAAGACUCGGUUCUUGCUCGAGCAAUGUUUCCGUUUGAUGGUCACGGAAUUGAUGUUUUUUCCUGCAGUUGGGGUCCACCUGACGUAGGCUUUAAAGUGCAGGGCCCAGGGCCUUUAACACGGCGUGCUUUCUUAAAUGGCGUAAUAAAGGGACGAAAUGGUCGCGGAUCGCUGUAUGUUUUCUCAGCUGGAAAUGGAGUUUUCUUUGGCGACAACUGUGCUUUUAAUGGUUUUGUAAACAAUAUUCACACAAUUGGUGUUGCUGCUCUGGACAAAAACGGAAAACCAAUGCUCAGUUCUGAGCCAUGUAGUGCUGUUAUGACGGCUGCUUUCGCCGAUAAUCUGGAAACUGCAUCCGCUUCAAAUGACCAAGCAUGCUCUUCAUCUUUUGGUCAAACAUCUGGUGCAGCGGCUGUGGUCUCUGGAAUAAUAGCUCUUGGUCUGCAAGCUAGAAAGUCACUUACAUGGCGUGCUGUGCAUCAUCUCAUAAGGAAAUCAAGCAAAAUGGACGUCAUUGAUAAAUCUGUUUUACCAAUUUUAAAUAAAGCUGGUUUUCAAGCUACUUCCACGAAGAUGCCAGAUGGUGGAACUUUUUCCUCACUUGAUAAAAAAGGUUGUCUGUAUAUCUUUUGAGGCACGAAUAUUAUGAUAUAAAUACUAUUCAC